GGGGGGAGCAUCUGCCGCACACGCGCGCGCAGGGAGGACAACAGGCGACUGAAGAAGAAGAAGCUGAGCGGCAUCCUGCGAGCAUGAAGAAGAGCCAGCACGGAGGACAGGGGCCACAGGACUCGGGACAUCCAGCACCCCAGCAGCCAGAGAAGGUGGGCUGGAUCAGGAAGUUCUGCGGACGAGGGAUCUUCAGGGAGCUGUGGAGGACUCGCUACGUGGUCCUCAGAGGAGACCACCUGUUCAUCUCUGACAAGGAGGUGAAGGACGAGCGCAAGGCGCAGGAAGUUUUCGACUUGGCCGACUACGAGCGUUCGGAGGAGCUGAGGAAAGCAAAGAGUCGCAGCAAGAAGAACCACAGCCGCUUCACUCUGCUUCGCUGCAGGCAGCCCGGAAACACGGUUCCCAACCUGGUCUUCCUGGCCGUGAGUCCAGAGGAGAAAGAGUCAUGGGUCCACGCGCUAAACGUGGGCAUCGUCAGAGCCAAGAACCGUGUCCUAGACCAGGUGACCAUGGAGGACGUGUUGGUCCAUCCCACCAGAGACAGAGCCAAGAUACCGCAAGGACGUCGGCUGCCAACGCGAGGACACCUCAUGGCUGUGGCGUCCACGUCCUGCCACGGACUGGUGACCCUUGACCUGGUGGCCGAAGAGGAGGGCUUCUCGUCGGAAUGUGACUCGUGGGACAACGGCUUCCGUGUGGGCUCCAGCAACCAGGUGACAGCGUAUCAGGUGGUUGGAGGGCGUCAGCGCUCGGGUACCGACGUUUCCAAGUUACGGGUAAAGACCAAGGAGCCCAAAGUGAAGACUGGAAGUCUGCCCAGAGGAAGUGAGCGAUCCUGGGGAAAAUAUUCCCACCUGGAAGCCGCCAAGGUGCAGAAGAGCCAGCAGCUGCAGGUUCUCCAGAAUCAGUCCAGAACCCCUCAGCCCGGUAAAAAGUCCAUCGUGCAGGGGCGAAGUCGCUGCGCUUCGAUGGAUGAAGUCCUCUCUUCCAGACCGGCAAUGAUCCGCUCUGAGUUGCGCUCGGUUCUUCGCCGCUGUCCAACCGAAGAGGAGGGCGGGGCUUCUGUGCAGCCGGUGGGUCAACUGCAGAGCCUCAUUGCUCAGAGGAUGCAGCGGGCUCAAGAGCUGCUGGAGGAGAUGAGAUUACAGGAACUGCAAAAGGCUAAAGCAGAGCGCGAGCAAGGAGGUAGCUGGUCUUUGGUAAAGAGUGUUGAGUCCCCUCGUCUUCAUCACCUCAGGGGUGCAGACUCGCCUCAUUCCAGCAGGUCGUCGGGGUCGCCGCGGAGCAGGAGCAGCGAUUCCCCCCGACUCAGAGGGAGGGAGUGUCGGCGGUCCAAAGGCAGGAAGAACAGAUGCAAGGGGACGGACUCGUCUCGCUCCAGAGGGUCCAGCUCGCCCGCAAAAGCCAUUGAGUCUCCUUGCCGGAAGACUUCCCCCAAACCUAAAGAAGGCCCCAAUAUGGAUGAGGCACCCAAGCUUCUGGAGUCUCCCCCAUGCGUCCCAAGCCCUGGGGGCAUCACAGCUGAUUGGCCAGCCGAGUCGUCCCCACUCCACAGCGGCGAUGAGUCGUCCUGUGCUAGUCAGCCAAACUCAGAGAGCACGUCUGAAUCCCGGGACAUGAGUCGACGCCUGUCCCCGCCGCCCUCCCUGCUGAAGGAGGUGGGGCUAGAGAGGAGGCGCGCUGAGGCGGAGCGCCUCCUGGUGGAGGCCAUGUCGUCCUGGCAGGAAGCGCAAGAGGUGCUGCAGGAAGUGAAGGAGCUGCAGAGCCAGACGCUGCGACGCCAGCGCAGGAAGACCUACCAGAAGAUGAACUCCAUGCCCACGUCGCCCGAGGGCACCCGCGCUACCUCGGGUGAAGCCAAUGUGGCAAUGCCCGACACGUCGCCCGAGGACGAGUCUUCCUAAUCCCGACCUGAACAUUUCACUCUUUGAGCACUGUGACGCUCAGCGCGGCUUUGAAGGCUACAGAAGCACAACUGCACUUGUCUUUCUAGCAAUUUCUAAACGUUUUUUCCAAUUUUCUACUUGACUCAACAGGGAAGACAGGAAACGAUGUCCUCCAAUCGUCCACAUGUUAGGACCAUCAGGGAGAUAAUAAGCAAUAACAGCAACAUGUCUUCGUCAGUGUCAUUCAUUGGCUGUGUCUCAAAUGGAACACUUCCGCCAGUACACUUCAAUAAGUAUGUACUUACUUCCUCAGCGCGCACAUUUUGACAGUGUAGUGCUGUCCCAAAUCCAUCACUUCCAUUGCACACUUAAUGGAAAUAGUGAUCGCAAUACUUAACUGCUACUUCUUCUCUCCGUUUCAAUUGUGAAUUGCAACCACUCGAGUUAGUCCCUCCCCUCCUACUAUUUAGCCAAGAUAGUGAGUCUAUUGAGUUCAGCAUCCGGCGAGUGCUCACCGUGCACUGCAUUUUGCUGUACCUCACAGUGUGAACGCAGUUAUACACUCAAAAAAACUAGGGCUGUGUUCAGAAUCAUGCACUUACACACUUACUAGCUGACCAAAAUAUGUAUACUGUGUACUAACAGUGCAGUGCUGUCCCAAAGCCAUUACUCUUGUUGCGUAUGUAGCAAAAAUGACGACCGCAAUAUUUACCUCCUUCUCUCCUUUUUAAUGGUGGAUUGCAACCACUCUUGUUAGCAUGCCAGUCCGCGACAUAGUAACUAUGGAUGAGUGUACAGCACUGUGCACUUAGAGCAGGGGUCUCAAACAUGCGGCCCGCGGGCCAAUUGCGGCCUGCGAGACGUUAUUUUGCGGCCCGCACCUUAAUGUGAAAAUUUUAUGUUGGUGCGGCCCGCGAGUUUUAUGUGAAUGGCGCUUUACACUGUCAUAUUUGUAUACCCUCGAUUUUUCCGGGAGAUUCACAAUUUUCCGUGCCCAGAAGAUUUAGGGUUGCAUUGAAUUUUGGGUAUUUGUUCUGUUGUGUUUAUGUUGUUUUACGGUGCGAAUGUUCUCCCAAAAUGCGUUUGUCAAUAUUGUUUGGUGUGGGUUCACAGUGUGGCGCAUAUUUGUAACAGUGUUAAAGAUGUUUAUACGGCCACCCUCAGUGUGACCUGUAUGGCUGUUGACCAAGUAUGUCUUGCAGUCACUUCGGUGGAUCUGCAGAAGCCUCAUACAAUAUGUGACUGGGCCGGCACACUGUUUGUAUGGUGGAAAAGCGGACCAGACGGCAGAUUGUAGAGGACGUUAAUGCAGUGCCAUCACGGCACGCCCUUAAUAUUGUUGUCCGGGUGAGAACCGGGAGAAUGAUUGCCCCGGGAGAUUGUCGGGAGGGGCACAGAUAUUCGAGUGUUUCCUGGAAAAAACGCGAGAGUUGGCAAGUAUGUUGUUAUGGCGGGAAAGCCAUUCAAAGGAGGUGAAUUCAUUAAAAAGUGCAUGUUAGAUUUUUUUAAGAAAUAUUUUCUUGCGGCCCAGCACCACCCAGUUUCUGCAUCCAGUGGCCCCCAGGUAAAUUGAGUUUGAGACCCCUGACUUAGACUGUUUUGAGUGCUCUAUCCGGGUACUGACAGUGCCAAACAGUGCAUUUUGCCAAAACACAUUUUUGCACUUGAUAAAAUGAAAUACUUCAAUCACCGCACACUCACCAUUUUGAGCGCAACAUUCAGGUUCUGACAGUGCACUGCAUUUUUCCGUACUGUACGGAAGUGCGCCAAUUGAGGCAGCCAUUGUUUUGUUUACUACCUUCCUUCUUCCAAGAAAUCGAUGAUGUCACCAAAGACGUGCAAAGUUUCAUCCCCAAAUUUCAAAACUUGAAUCGUGACUUUCCUGCCGAGCAACACAACAAUUUAACCAUCGUCAGUGACACGUCUUUAUGCAAACACAAAACAAUCAAAUAUCCAAUAAGAAGCAUUCAGACUAAUAAUUGCUGAGGUCUUCUUCUCUUUCCUGUGCAUCUUUUUCACCAACAACCAAAGCACACGACUUGUUUAUAAUAUGGGAUGUUACGAGGUAUUAGCACUGAUUUCUGAUGUCAGCACCAUUUCCUGUUCCUUGGUUGUGCAUGUGUGCGUGUGUGUGUGUGUGUGUUUGUGCGUGUGUGUAUAACAUGAAAAAAAUAUCUUUGGUCUUUUUCUGUGAACAAUAUGGCUGCACGUGACUUCCUGUUUGGACGACAUGCACAAUAAAUAACUCGCCAAACUGAA